AUGACUUCCUCGGCGGCGGCCGCCGCCCAGGCGGCGGGAGGUGGAGGAGGAGGCGGCGGAGGCGGCGAGGGGAGGCUGGUGCCGGUGCCGCUGCUGCGGCGCGAGGUGAGUCGUGGUGCUCUCUUGGUGGGCGUCUCCGUGUGUUUGGGUUCUCGGCGGGUUUUGACGUGGGCCUUUGGCUGGGCCUGUGUGCUCGCUCUCUCCUCCCUCGCAGGCGGAGGUUGCGGCGGAGGCGGAACGGAGGACGGCAUGUACACGGAGCUCUGGAACCUCUGCGCCGGCCCGCUGGUCACGGUGCCCAGGGUCGGGGACAAGGUCUACUACUUCCCGCAGGGCCAUAUCGAGCAGGUGGAGGCAUCGACCAACCAGGUGGCUGAGCAGCACAUGCAACUUUACAAUCUCCCAUGGAAGAUCCUGUGUGAGGUUAUGAAUGUUGAAUUGAAGGCUGAGCCGGACAAUGAUGAGGUUUAUGCCCAGCUCACUCUGCUACCUGAAUCGAAGCCAGAGGAGAAUGGCUCUAGUGAGGAGGAGAUGCCUGCUGCACCUCCUGCUGCACUUGCAAGGCCACGUGUGCACUCCUUCUGCAAGACAUUGACAGCCUCUGACACCAGCACACAUGGUGGUUUCUCGGUGCUGCGACGCCAUGCAGAUGAAUGCCUUCCACCGCUGGAUAUGAGCCGUCAACCUCCAACACAAGAGCUUGUGGCCAAGGAUCUGCAUGGUGUGGAAUGGCGCUUUCGCCACAUAUUCAGAGGACAACCACGAAGGCAUCUUUUGCAAAGUGGCUGGAGUGUUUUUGUUAGUGCCAAGCGUCUUGUCACUGGGGAUGCCUUCAUCUUUCUAAGAGGUGACAAUGGGGAGCUGCGUGUAGGAGUCAGGCGUGCCAUGAGGCAGCAAGCAAAUGUUCCGUCUUCAGUAAUAUCAAGCCACAGCAUGCAUCUUGGUGUUCUUGCUACAGCAUGGCAUGCUGUUAACACUGGGACCAUGUUCACUGUGUACUACAAACCUAGGACAAGUCCAGCUGAGUUUGUUGUCCCCUGUGAUCGCUAUAUGGAAUCAUUGAAACGAAAUUACCCUAUAGGGAUGAGAUUUAAAAUGAGGUUUGAAGGUGAAGAGGCUCCAGAGCAAAGGUUCACUGGGACGAUUGUCGGAAAUGUGGAUCCUGAACAAGCUGGAUGGGCUGAAUCUAAAUGGCGUUACCUCAAGGUGAGGUGGGAUGAAGCUUCCUCCAUUCCACGUCCUGAAAGGGUUUCUCCCUGGCAAAUAGAACCUGCAGUCAGCCCUCCCCCUGUCAAUCCGCUUCCAGUGCACAGACCCAAGAGGCCUCGCUCUAAUGCUGUAGCUUCUCUGCCUGAGUCUUCAGCUCCAACAAAAGAAGCUGCUCCGAAGGUCACAUUAGAGACUCAACAACAUGCCCUGCAAAGGUCCUUGCAGACUCAGGAUAAUGUGGCCCCGAAAAGUGGUUUUGGUGAUAACAGUGUGUUGGACGCUGCUCAUAAGUCAGGCCUGCGACCAUCAGGGUUUGAUUUGGAGAAGAGCACGAGGAAGCUGGGUUCAGAUAGUUGGAUGCAUAUGAACAGACCUGAGGGUUACAAUGAAAUGUUAUCUGGAUAUCAACAACCUAAUAGAGAAGUACAGAAUCCGCAGGGUUUCUGUUCUUUAACUGAUCAGAUUGCUGCCGGUCGUCCUAAUUUCUGGCACACUGUAAAUGCUCAUUAUCAAGACCAGCAAGGCAAUCACAAUCUGUUCCCUGGUUCAUGGCCCAUGAUGCCUUCAAGUACUGGCUUUGGGUUGAACAGACAGAGCUAUCCAAUGAUACAGGAAGUUGGUGGUUUGUCUCAGAGUUCUACAAAUACCAAGUUUGGGAAUGGAGUUUAUGCUGCACUACCUGGCCAUGGCAUUGAUCAACACUCGUCUGGAUGGUUUGGGCACAUGAUGCCUGGUGCUCGCAUGGACGAUGCGCAGCCAAGCGUGAUUAAGCCUCAACCUUUGGUCCUUGCUCAUGGUGAAGCUCAGAAAAUGAAAGGCAAUUCAUGCAAGCUUUUUGGAAUUCACCUUGACAGCCCAGCCAAAUCUGAACCUUUGAAGUCUCCACCAAGUGUUGCUUAUGACGGGAUGCCACAAACUCCAGCAGCAGCUGAAUGGAGGAUGGUUGACGCAAUUGAAGCAGACAAAUGUUCUGACCCACUUAAGACACCAAAGCAACUUGAUGCUACACAGGUAGAUCCUGUUGCAGAGAAAUGUCCACAAGUUUCAAGAGGCACACAGUGCAAGUCACAAGGUGGAUCAACUAGGAGCUGCAAGAAGGUCCACAAGCAAGGAAUCGCGCUUGGCAGGUCUGUGGAUCUUACAAAGUUCAAUGGCUACACGGAAUUGAUUGCUGAGCUGGAUGAGAUGUUUGACUUCAAUGGUGAGCUGAAAGGUUCUAACAAGGAAUGGAUGGUUGUGUACACCGACAACGAAGGUGAUAUGAUGCUGGUUGGGGAUGAUCCCUGGAAUGAGUUCUGCAACAUAGUCCACAAGAUCUUCAUCUACACAAGGGAGGAGGUCCAGCGGAUGAAUCCGGGCACCCUGAACUCAAGGUCGGAGGACAGCCUUGCUAAUUCCAUGGAAAGGGGCUCUGCUGCUAGGGAGACACCUGGCAGCCUAUCCGCCUCGUCCCUUAACUCCGAGAACUGCUAA